CUCUCAACAGAUUAUAAGGUCAGAUACCUGUUAUUUCAUCAACCUUUCUAAGGUCUAUAUGCAGUUUUUGGCUCUUUGUUGACAAUUUAAACAGUCUUUUGCUUGUUUAAAUAUCCUUUUGAUAGUUUUAAUUUUUAUUUUUUUUUCCUUGAAUUAAGAUCUAAUUUUUUUAAGUUUUCCCUAGUAACAUGGGUGGAUUCCCCUCUCUGCAGCCCUUCUUUUUUUAAAUUAUUUUCUCAUUGGAUUCUUUGUUAAUUCAAUUUUCUUUCAAGCAUGGUAUAAAUCUAAGUAUCUGAAUAUUUACAUCUAAUCUUGAUAUUUUUUUUAACAAGAAAAUUUCCUGUUUUAUACACAGAAACAUAUAUGCACCUUAUUUUGUCACUGAAAACAGAUUGUUUGACAGAUAUGCUAUUCGUCAUUGCCUAGAUACAAGUAUACAACUGAAUCUGCAUUUUUUUUUUUAAAGGAAAAUCAUUAAACAAAACCUGUUAAAUGGCGCUUUUUAAGAAAGUCAAUCAAGAAAACUGAAUCAUGCUAUUGAAGAUUUAUUAAUUUUCCUUUGGUAGUUUUUUUUUUCCUUUUUUGGAAAAUAAAAGGUUAAUAAGAGAAUAAGAUGAAGUAAACAUAGGCGUCCACUAGACCAAACUAUUAUCUCAGGUAAUAUUUCUUUGGAAGGACUAGAUCUGCUCAGUUAGAAGCUUGUAAAAUGCAAAUAUUUGACAGCUCAAUUUUCAGUACCGUGUACUUAAUUUGGUUGUUGUGGAGACAUAUCUCAAUCCAUAUGUGACAAAAUACUUGUAUAUUUUACUACAAUUGACUAAUAGCUAGAAACGUAUACACCACUCUGCAUAUAACAAUAAUUUUGUAUAAUCCCUAUGAGUUUAAUGGUGUUUUCAAUGAACUAGAGAGAAGAUAUUAUCCCACUCUUAUUCUUUUUUUUUUUUUUUUUUUUAAAUCGAUAAAUGGAGGGAUCGACUAAGAGCAGAGGUGAAUUUCAGAAUCUAGAGUUAGUGAAUUCAGAAUGGAUGUGUUUUUAUUAUAUGUAUCUACAUUUUUAAUUAUUUUUUUGGACAUAUCUAUAGUUUGAGCCAACAGACCACUUAUUUAUUGUGUAUGCUACAACAGAAGUGACAUUGAAGUGUUGCAAGAGCAUCCAAAAAUGGAAGGAAAGCCUUUAAGAAUAUGGAAGAAAGCAAUGUACUUUCCGAAUAGGAAAUUGAUAGCAAAUAAAUGGUGGGAAGAAUUCAAGAAAGUGUGGCAUAUAGCUGGACCAGCUAUUAUAACUUCAGUUUCUGUGUUCUCUUUGGACUUUAUCACUGCUGCUUUUGUUGGUCAACUUGGAGAUGUUGAGCUUGCUGCAGUAUCAGAAGUUCAAAAUGUUCUACUAGGCUUCAUAUUCGGAAUAUUGUUAGGAUUAGGAAGUGCACUCGAGACGCUUUGUGGUCAAGCAGUUGGUGCUGGAGAAUUCAACAUGCUUGGAAUUUACUUGCAAAGAUCAUGGAUUAUUAGUAUGGUGACAACAUUGCUCUUGACACCGGCUUAUGUAUUCGCGUCUCGAAUACUAAGGCUCCUACAUCAAGAUCCAAAAAUAUCUGAUCUAGCUGGUAAAUAUGCAAUUUGGAUAAUUCCUGAAAUAAUUGCAAGUGCACUGAAUUACCCCACAGAGAAGUUUCUUCAAGCUCAGAGCAAAGUUUGGUUCAUGGCUUUUAGUUCAAUCUUGACAUUGGCAAUUCAUGUGCUGUUGAAUUGGAUUUUUGUGACAAAGUUGGGUAUGGGACUGGUUGGUGCUGCAAUAGCUGGGAAUAUAUCUUUCUGGAUAUUAACUGUGGUUAAGAUUAUAUACAUUGUGGGUGGUUGGUUUCCUGAGGCAUGGACUGGUUUUUCAUAUUUGGCUUUUAAGUCAUUAACCAAAUUCUUGAAGCUCUCAAUUUCCUCAGCAGUAAUGUUAUGUUUAGAGGUAUGGUACUAUACAGCAGUGAUCUUAAUUGUAGGAGGCUUGAAGGAUGCUGCAAUUGCUAUUGACUCAAUAUCAAUCUGCAUGAAUUUGCAAGUAUGGACACUAAUGGUUGCUCUUGGUUUCAGUAUAUCAGCCAGGUUAGCAGUUUCAAACAUCUCUUUUUGGUUACUUUUAGUAAUUGAUAUUAAAGUGGAAUUAGAUUGGCUCAAAUAUUAUGUUCCAAAUUUCAGUGUGAGAGUUUCAAAUGAACUGGGGGCUGGAAAUCCAAAAGCUGCAAAAUUCACUGUCGGAGUGAAUGUCUUGAUAUCAGCAAUAGUUGGAGUCUUUUUUGCAGUUAUCAUAUUGGCCACGAAGAACCAGUUUCCAAGAAUGUUCUCGAAAGAGCAACAUGUAAUAAGUGAGACAUCCAAGUUGGGCUAUAUUCUUGCAUUAACCAUCUUCAUUAGCAGCAUCCAACCUGUUCUCCAUGGUGUAGCAAUUGGCGCAGGAUGGCAAUUUCUAGUGGCCAUGGUAAACUUUGGAUGUUAUUAUGGUUUGGGUCUGCCAAUAGGAGCAAUUCUUGGCUACAAAACUAAUCUUGGCGUUCAGGGUGUCUGGUCUGCAAUGCUUGGUGGCAGCUUACUUCAAACAAUCAUCCUAUUUGUUAUUAUUGGUCGAACGAAUUGGCACAAAAAGGCACUUCAAGCAGAGGAGAGAGUGAGGACAUUUGGUGGCCCAGUGGAGAGUCAGCUAGGCUCGUGAUGUCGCGGCAUUUUUUAUCAUAUGAUAUACUAACAUUCAUACUCAAUUUUGGGAGAAGUUAGCAGACUUUUCAAGUAAACUAUUAAGUAAAAUUUGACUCUUUACCCACAAAAGUUGGGGGUCUUUUUGAAAACUCUCUUUUCUCCAUUUUUUUUUUGGAUAUACAUAUACCAUAAUUUUUCGGAUUAGACUUUCUCACUUGAAUUACAGCAUCUAAAUAUAUGUGUUUCGACUGAAGCACUUGGUCCAAACAGGUGACUCUUAAUUCAUUUUCUUAUAUGAUGACAAUGGAAAUAGCUCCCCUUAAAGUAUUCAAGAAUUAGGCAUAAAUUACUCACACGACUCUGCUCCACUUGUAUUC